CCAAUUUGAUAUUACAAGUGUCUCGCUUUCAUCUCAGCUAGUGUAUAAAAAAUUCAUCAAACACCUAGACCUACAAGUCUUUUCCCCCACCUCAAUAUAUACCAAAGCUCAUCAUGAAGUUGCGCAACUUUGAACUUCAAGGAAGAUUUAAAUCAACAUCAUCUGUUACACCGUCACACUCACUCUCUUUCACAAAUCGCAACCUUAAACAUUCAUAUUUUUCUUUCGCGUAUAAAAUACUUGGCAUGCAUGUUUCCUAUGUAUGUGUCGUCUCUUCACACUCUGGUGCUUGCAUAAAUUAGCAUAAACUUGCCACGAAUUCUGAGAACAAUUCGUUCUAGCUUCACCAAUUACUUCUUCCUACUUCUGCUUAAACAAAAAGAGAGAGAGGGAGAGAGUGGGGGAGAGAGAGAGGGAGGGAGGGAGUGGGAGAGAGAGAGAGUGGGUGGGAGAGAGUGGGGGAGAGAGAGAGAUAUAUAUCAAACCAAAGACUUGUUACUGCGUUACCAUUUGCAGUUUGCCGCAUCUGCUGUAUAUAAAGCUAAAUUAUUACAAUGAGGAUAUCAUUUUCCGCUUGCAAACAAGCCCAGCCCCUGGUGAACUUUCGCGGGGAUGUCCUAAACAUGGACGCCUUCAUGCCAUGGCUCAAAAAGGACAAAGUCAUAAUCCUGAUGGGAGCAACAGGGACCGGGAAAUCAAAACUCUCAAUCGACCUCGCAACUCAUUUCCCCGCCGAGAUCAUCAAUUCCGAUAAAAUUCAAGUCUACCAAGGCCUAGAUAUCGUCACCAACAAAGUUACCAAAGAGGAAUGUCGCGGCGUGCCGCACCAUUUACUAGGCGUAAUCAGUCCGGACUCCGAUUUUACCGCAACAGAUUUUCGGCACCACGCGUCCAUAGCGGUCGAGUCCAUAGUGCAACGCGACCGCCUCCCUAUCAUAGCCGGCGGCUCCAAUUCCUUCAUCAAGGCUCUUGUAAACGACGAAUUUAGAUCAAGGUACGCUUGUUGUUUUCUCUGGGUUGAUGUGUCACUCCCCGUUCUCCACUCAUUCGUAUCGAAUCGCGUUGAUAGAAUGGUGGAAUCGGGGCUAAUAGACGAGGUGAGGCAGUUUUUUGAUCCGGAUUCGGAUAAUUAUACGCGAGGAUUGAGACGUGCAAUAGGAUUGCCAGAAAUGGACCGGUUUUUUCGAGCUGAACCGAAUGUGGAUGAUGAAACUAGAGUUGCUCUACUUGAUAUGGCGAUUGAUAAAAUAAAAGGCAAUACUUGUAGAUUGGCUACGUACCAAUUGAAAAAUAUUCGGACGCUACAAAAACAAAUGGAGUGGCACUUGCACCAUUUGGAUGCUACUGAGGCUUUUUUAAAGCGCGGCCAAGGAUCCAAUGACGCGUGGGAGAGGCUGGUGGCGCGGCCUAGUAAAGCAAUUGUUGAAAGUUUUCUCAAUGAAGAAGAUUCUGCCGCAACUCCUUCGGUGAAAAUUACUGCCGCCUCACUUCUCGGAGCUGGUUCCGCUAUUGCAACGACCACCUCUACGGUUGUGGCAGCAAGUCGCUGAGCAAUUAACGUCAGUUAAUUAUUGAAGUGGUUAACAGUUUAUUCUCUGUUGAUCGAGGUAAAAAAGUGAAUUGCUACUUGGAAAAAUAAAAAAGGAUAAACUCCUUCUGCAUUGGCAUAAAAAACUGUACAAAAAUGAGUGACACGGGUGGAGUACAGACCUAAACUGUGGUAUCCAAAGGGGUUGCUUUCAGGUGGUUAAGUUUUGUGUCCGUACAGGUGAAAAUCAUUUUAGUAAUCCGUGCAGGGGUGGGUUUAAACUUUAAUGUAAUGAAAAGAGUACAAAAAAGUAUUCUUGGGCGCUCCAUUUUGCGGGUAGAGUUAUUCGAGUUGUGUGGGGCCUUGUCAAAUGACAUCCGGUCCUUGUCAUUCAGAAUUCAGAUGUAGGGAGAGUGCGUGUGGGCUUUUUCUGGAUUUGUGGUGUGCCAUGCAUCAUUUCAGUUUUGAUAGAGCUGGACGUAAAUAUUCUUGUGAUGUUGUGAAUUGACAAAUCCAUCUUUUCAUUGUGACAAAUGUACUUGUGUGUUUGUUUUAUGCAUGAAUAUGUGCCGGGACUUGAAAGAUCGCAUCUAGUAUUUGUAUGCAUCAACAUGUUCAUGUGCUUAUCACUACUAA